AUGUCCAUGCCUGGAGUACCCCUUUUGAGCAAUGCCGACCGUCUCCCGUUCACCGACGAGAGGACGUUUGUGCUGGAGCUGCUGCAGCCCGCCCUGCUCUCUGCAACGCAGAACCUUCUCACCGAGGGCCUGCUGCAAGACGGGGACAUCAUCCAGCGGGCGAUGAAGCAGGAUGAAGACCUGCUCAGUGGCAACAUCGCACAGGACGAGCUGCGGAUCUCGCACCACUCCUCCUCGUUCAGGGUCUCGCAGUUCCACUUCGACCACUUUGUUGUCUCGAUAUAUCAGCACCUGCGUGCGGAUUACGAGCAGCGCGUGUCGAAGCUACAGCAGCUCCUGGGCAACCCCACGACGAGCAAGAACAUCAUCAACAUCGUUCAGGCCUUCAGCAUCAUCGCCUUUCUGCAUCACGACAGCCGCACGCAUCACUUCAGCGACGUCGGGGUGAGCAACUACCCGCCCUCUGUCUGGUUGCGGUACUGGGACAUCCUGCAGAACGACAGGCUGAACUACCGCAAGUUCAUCGUGCAGUACUUUUUCACGAUGCUGAGCUCCCGAUGCAAGAACGGGGUGCAGAGGGUCUACGCCAAGGCGUUUGCCGACUACCUCUUCGAUCUCGGCUACAAGGUUGUCGAGGAGCGCUACAAUCGGUAUCUGUACAUGGACCAGGAGGUCUACUUCCCGAUGGUCUGUGAUCUGCAGCGCGCGUUCCUGAGGGGCGAGAGCGAGGUUGGGUUCUGGCAGCAUCUCGGCCGCUGCAAGUGCCACGGCGACGGAGUGACCAAGGAGCUGAUGCGCAUCGCCGCAAGCGAUGCCUACCCGCUCUCGAUCAAGAUUGCGAUCGUCACGUAUCUCUCCUGGACGCACGGCUUCCCCUUUGUGAACUACCUCCCCAACAAGCAGCAGUUCAACAACGCCCGCUCUCACAGGUCCUGGUCGCUUGAGGUCUUGGAAAGAUCCAAGGAGACCUUCAGCAAGCAGAUUGCCAGCCGCGUGCAAGGAGCGGCAUUUGACUGCGACCGCAUCAGCGCCUUCUUGUUCAGGCACCUGACCUUUUUGCACACCGCAGAGUACCUCAUGGCGAACAAUGGCAACGUCUGCAUCCUCUGUGUUGACAACAAGAAGUGUGAUCUCUGCAUGCGCUAG